AUGACUACAAAAGAAUUUGAUACUUCUUCUGUCCUAAAUGUUCUGGAGAAAUCUGUCAAUGGAUCCCUUCAAUCGCCACAAGAUGCUUUAGCUGCAGCAGUACAUGCAAUUAUGCUUAGUGCGGGAUUCAAGCUUAGCGAACCCAGUAAAGAGGAUAAGGAUGGGCAAAGCAAAUUGCUCGCAGGAUGGAACUCUCUAGGACCCAAUUACUAUGGGUACUUUUAUGAUCUUCAGGAUUCUGGUUCAACUUGCGAAAUAAAAGGAGUCAAGAUUGGACAUCGCUUCGUUGUGCUUGGACUGAAUGGGGAUGAGACUGUUGUUCUUGAUAUUCCUGUUAAAGAGUAUACGUCGGAAUCAUCAUUUCCCAUUGAGACAUCAAGCAAGGAUUUAGGGUCUGCAUUCAUUUCAGCAGAGAAAUUUGAGGAUCUUAUUCACCUUUUCAAGACCCAUAUUUUGCAUAAACUAACCUCAGGUUCCACAAACUCGGGCUAUGAAAAUACAAGAUCAGGCAGACAGGAAGGUUUCCCAAGAAACAACCAGCAGCAAUCAGACGAUAUUCCAGUCUUUUCUUCUUUACAGGAUAACUCACGCCCAGGUCGUGAAAACCCUUUUAGCGUUGGUCGAUCAGAUAUCGAUCCUCUUGGAGGUCAUCAUAUCCCUGGACCAGGAGAUGGCACGUACGUAGGACCUUCUCACCCAAUGUAUAGCCACCGACACGAUCAAGAAAAUUCUAACAUUUUCGGUGGCCCUCAAACAUUACCCAGGGGGGCUGUUCCUCCAGGUGCACGCUUUGAUCCUAUUGGUCCUUUUGGAAACCCUCCCGGAAGAGGUGGUCUUGGUGGACCUCGUCGUGGUUUCGGUGGCGAACCUGAUAACGAUGAAAUGUCUCCUCCUGGCUUCAAUAACAUGUUCAUGUAAAUCAAAUACCACUUGAUCAAAAUGUAGUUAAACGCAUGGCUUUGGUGGAACUUUUUUUUAUCCUUAAGAAGCGAUGCCAUUCAAAGAUAUUGCUACGUCAGCAACACUUUGCAUUUCAAAAAUAAUAAAAACCUUUAUC